AUAAAUUUCAACAACCUUUACAACCUGCCUUCAAAGUGUACAUUACUGAUUAUCCAUGACACAAUUUGCUAAUUUCCAGAGUACAUAUUACUUCCAGAGUACAACCAACAGCUCUAUCAAAAGAAUAAGCUCAAACUUGAACAAAUAUAACGUUCCAGCAAGUGAGAAAGGUAAAAGCAGGACGGACACUACUGUGUUAAGGCGAGUUGGGUGUUUGAUCACCCUCCAAAACUGCAGUUUCCUGUGCCAAUCGAACUUC